CAUUCCAUAUAUCUAAAGCAUCCAACCUACCAAAGAAAGAACAAUGUCUCGUAUCCUCGUCACCGGCGGCAGCGGCUUCCUCGCCAACGCUCUCAUCGACACACUCCUGGCCCGCGGCCACUCGGUGGUAACCACCGUCCGCAGCCCCGAAAAGGCCCAACGACUCCAAUCCCAACGUCCCGAGAUCCCCUCUUCGCGCCUCUCCUUCCAAAUCGUCGAGGACAUCUCCCAACUCAACGCCUUCGACCAAGCCGUGGUUAGCGACCCCCCUUUCACAGCCGUCAUCCACACCGCCAGCCCCUUCCACUACAGCAUCGACAAUGUCAAAAAAGACAUGCUCGAUCCAGCAGUCAACGGCACCGUGGGAAUCCUCCAAUCCGUGCACAAGUAUGCCCCCACAGUAAAGCGAGUCGUCAUCACCUCGUCGUUCGCAGCCAUGUUCAACGCCUCGAAACCAGCGAGGUCAAAAUACUCCGAGGCGGACUGGAACCCCGUCACGUGGGAGGAUGCUGAAAGUGCGGGAAAUGCACAAGGUCAGGCGGGAUAUCGGACGAGUAAGGCGUUAGCCGAGAAGGAGGCAUGGGGGUUCAUGGAGAAGGAGAAGCCUGAGUUUAGUUUGACGGUGAUGAAUCCGUCGUUGAUUUUUGGGCCGGUGCCGUCGUCGUUGAAGUCGUUGGGGGAGGUGAAUACCUCGAAUCAGAGGAUUAGGGAUUUUGUGGAUGGGAAGUUUAAGGAGAAGUGUCCGCCCACGGGGAGUCAGUUUUGGGUGGAUGUCAGGGAUGCGGCGCUGGCUCAUGCGGUCGCGGUGGAAAAGGAGGAGACGGCGGGGAAGAGGUACUUUUUGACGGCGGGGAGCUUUUGUAAUGCGGAGGUGGUGGAGGUGCUUGGGGUGGAGUUUCCCGAGUCGAGGGAGGGUUUGCCUGAGGGUGAGGCGUUGGCGAAUGGGAGGUUUCCAAGUGGGGGGCCGAAGUAUGGAUUUGAUAACUCGGCGUCGAUUGAGGGGUUGGGACUGAAGUAUCGGUCGUUGAAGGAGAGUGUGGUAGAUACGGUUCUUAGUUUGAGGGCUGUUGAGAAGGCUUUGGCGAAGUGAGGGUGCAAUUGGUUGCAUGGUGGGCGUAUAAGGUUUUGUCUAGUUCUUAAAAUAGAAAGAUUGGUUUUGUUUUAUUGAGGUGUCUGAUAAAAAAUUGCAUCGUUGAUCAUUG